AUGUCAACAGUUCUGUGGACCUUCCACAACAGAGACAUCAUGCGCAGGAACCAGAUGUCUCGGCCUAACUCCAACCCGAAUGCCACAGUCGGCACCAAUGGGGAGGCUCCUGCCAGGGAGAACAGCCAGCAUAGCCUGCCUCAGCGGCCACCUCAGCAGCAGAAGGCAAGUAGCUCUUCUAGCUCCACAGUCACUUCGGAGCGCUACAAGACCGAGCUGUGUCGGCCCUUUGAGGAAAGCGGCAUGUGCAGGUACGGCCAGAAAUGCCAGUUCGCGCAUGGUUCCCGCGAGCUGCGGACCCUGUUGAGGCACCCCAAGUACAAGACUGAGCCUUGUCGCACCUUCCACAGCGUUGGCUUCUGCCCCCUUGGCACUCGCUGCCACUUCAUCCACAACCAGCAAGCUCGUCAACCUGUGCCCUCUGGGAACAACACCCCCAGGGAGCAGAGCUCCGCUGAUGAGGGAGAGAUUAUGUGGUGGUGUUGGGGAAAAUCCCUUGGUUGUCUCUCCCAUACUGAGAGCACUGGGGUCAGAGGGAUGACAAAAGCCACAGGCAGAUUUGAGGGGUUCAUAGAAAGCUUGCACUUGAACUCUGUUGGGAGAGACCCCAUUCCUCUGUUUGAGUUUUCUUGUUUUGGUGUUUAUUAUUUUCAUUGUUAUUAGGGAGUUUAAUUCUUGUUGAAAACAAAAGGCAAGGAACUAUUUGUGUUAAACAAUGUGUGGUUGUAAUACAGAUAAACAAAAAAACCCUCAUCGUUUUUAGGUCUCCAUUUGAGACAUUAUAGAAAACAAAUCAGCCUAGUACUAACUUGUUUUCUCUCUUGAAAACUAAUUACAUCCCAGAUGUGGGAAUUCUUACCUUGAAGUGAAUGGCUAAUACUUGUUUCAGACCGGUGUCAGCAAACGAACUGACAACCAUCACCUUGCCAUUCUUUGAGAAUCCAAAAUUUUGCCAUGAAUAUGCCUUGCUAGUAACGCUCAGCUUCUCUGUAGUCUGUGGAUGUUUUAUUUUUGAAAAUAAUAAGUGUCUUGGGGGUGAGAAAAACUUGCCUUCCAAAGUUUGAUAAUGGCUUCAUUGCCACUACUUAAUGGAUGAAUGGCUUAGGCGCAUUCUGUCUGCUCUCUGGAAGCCUUAGGAAGAGAUUAGUUUAAAUUGUUUGAGAAUAACUGCUUAGGUUUUAUGUGUUUUGAGUUGAUUUGUACUUCUGUGCCACAAGGCAAUGUGAAGAAAACCAUUUGUUUAUAAUCUAGUAAGAGUAUAUAUAUGCCUAGAGUUCUGUUCAUGCUCUGAUUAUCUAGCUGAUGAAAAGCAAUACAUGCAUUUUUUUCUUAUGUUAUAUUAUCAUUACCAUUAUUAACUGGUAAAAUGUAAAGAAUAUAUACUUUUCAUGGUCAUAUAUAUCUUUUGUAACCUCACUUGAUAAUUUUACUAUAAAUGAACAAAAAUAGUUUAUAAAAUACAUUCUAUCAAAAUU